AGCUCUGGUAGGUGACCCUCAGUUCGGUCAUGCAGGAUCCAGAACAUACACAGACCCACACGAGGUGCUGGGUGUGUGUGCUGAGCUGCCUUCUGCUCGCCUGCCUGUACGUUGGCAGCUUGUACGUCUGGAGAAGCAGCUUACCCAGAGACCAUCCAAGUUUGAUAAGGCGUCGCUGUGCCAGUGUGCUGCUGGUCUCUGCACUGUCACCGGCAGUGGUGAAGGCAUGGAUGCACUGCGCUAAUGUCAAGGUCAGUGCGACCCAGUGGGAGUUGAUGGGAGUUCGUUUGGAGGGUCUGGUUCCUGCGGCCGUUCUGCCACUACUACUCACCAUGGUAUUUUAUCUCGGCCCCCUGGUUCAUUCUGCGAUGGACAACCCCAAAGGCUUCACGGGGGAACUGCAGUCCGCACUGGACGUUCAAUCGUGGCUGUUGUGUGUGGGAGAUGCAGUGUGGCUCAGGAACCAGGUGGUGGCACCGGUGACGGAGGAGCUGGUGUUCAGAGGGGCCAUGCUGCCCAUGCUGGUGCCAUGCAUGGGACCCACAGCUGCCAUCUUCAUGGCGCCGCUGUUCUUCGGUGUUGCCCAUUUCCACCAUAUCAUCGAGCAACGACGCCUCCACGAGGAUAGUAUGAGUGUCAUCCUCUUGGUGUCAGGGAUUCAGUUCCUGUACACAACUGUGUUCGGUGCCUUCACUUCCUUUAUAUUCAUGAGAACUGGUCAUGUCGUGGGUCCAGUUUUGUGCCAUUCCUUCUGUAACAGUCAAGGGCUUCCUGACAUCAGCUCUGCCCUGCAACAUCCUCAACGAUCUGCUCUACUUUUCUCCUAUCUGAUGGGGCUACUGCUCUUUCUGGUGCUACUCUUCACAGUGACGGACCCCUUCUUCUAUGGAGAAAUUCCUGUCUGCAGCCUGGCUGGCCCCGCGGCGUCUGCCUGCUAGAUUUAAUUAAAUGAAAUACAC